CCAUCAAUCAACUCUUCUCGUGAUUCUAUUACACAUAAGCACAUAGUCACUUCAUAUCCUACAACUCCCAUCUAAUACAAUCCCACCAAUAUGCGUACCUCAUCCAUCAUCCUUGCGGCUGCGUCCGCCGCCUCCGUCUUGGGUGCUCCUCUAGAGAAGAAGGCUAACUACGACCCCCUUCCCGGUGGUGAUAUCACCAUCCUGAACUAUGCUCUUACCCUCGAGUACCUCGAGCGCAAGUUCUACGAGGAGGGCUUGGCGAACUACACCGAGGCCGACUUCUGCAAGUACGCCGGUGAGGUCGGCGAGAAGUUCUACAAGAACCUCAAGACCAUCUACGAGGACGAGAAGACCCACGUCGACUUCCUCAAGGGUGCCCUCGGCGCCUCCGCCAUCCCCGAGCCGACCUUCGACUUCCCCGUCUCCGACGCGGAAUCCUUCCUCGCCCUCGCCUCCGUCCUCGAGGGCGUCGGUGUGUCCGCCUACCUCGGUGCCGCCGCCGUCAUCGCAGACAAGACCUACGUCCCCGUCGCCGGCUCCAUCCUGACCGUCGAGGCCCGCCACUCCUCCUACAUCCGCGCCGCCCUCCGCCAGAAGCCCUUCCCCACCCCCUUUGACACCCCUCUCGACUUCAACCAGGUCCACUCCCUCGCCUCCCAGUUCGUUGUCGCCUUCGCGCCGGGUACCCCCGCCCUGCCCUUCAAGGCCUUCCCCAAGUUGACCGUCUCGCCUACGCCCAACUCCCACGGCGCGCUGUUCGAGGGUGCUUACAAGGCUGCCGUUGACGCGCAGACCGUUCCUGCCGGAGCGACCGUCUACGCUGUCUUCUUCUCUGGUCUUGACACCUACUACACCGAGGUUGCCAUCAGCGGCAACGACUACAUCGUCGAGAAGCUGCCCGAGGGCCCCGAGGGCCAGGUCUACUGCGUCCUCAGCACCGCCAACGGCAACAGCACCAAGGUCUCUGACGAGAACACCGUUGCCGGUGUCGCUAUCCUCGAGAUUGAGGAGGCUGACUGGUAAACAAACCAUGACAAAAGGUGUUUGGUGAUGAAAUGGUUGCAUGACGCAGUCUGGAGCACUCUUGACGAACAUCUGAUACGGCUUUUUAUUACUAUCUCAAAAUCUUCUUUGUACAUAUUGGAAACUUAGCUCAAACUGCGGAAACCGACUUGAUAAUUAAUGCAAUAUUGUAACACAGGUUGUAUGUGAAGUCUGUUGUGUGACAUGCUUUCAUACGGAUAUACCACAGUCACAACAAGGCGUCUGAAGGAGAAAAGUUUCUUCCAUCCAUGCAAUCGAGGUCGCUGAUUACCUACCUCUAUAAUGAUAAGUGAUAGUAAGAUAAUCUAAAAGGGGAGUGGUGUCAAUCUAGCCAAGUCCUUUUCCCUUUGAUCAAAAAUGGAAUAUCCAUCUACAGGUAAGGUAGUAGGUAAACAGAUAAAGCAUGAAAGAAGAAGACACCUUCCCACA